AGAGUGUGUUUAACGAUAGAAUAGAAAUGUAAAGUCCCUUAUAAUCAUAUUUCACAGAUAAACCCUACUUCUCUUGCAGUAGCAUCAAUUGUGCUGAAAUGGCAAGGAUAGCAUGCCACCAUAUUGUUGCACUUCCAUUGAAGUCCUCCUUCUUGACCAAGACGUCUUCUAUUUGUUUCUCGGAAACCUCUCUUUCCAUUGGCUUCCGUCGGCGUUUCUCUUCAAAUUCCAAGAUAAGCAUGAGCUUGAAAGCUGGAAUUGUCGGUCUCCCUAAUGUUGGAAAAUCUACUCUCUUCAACGCCGUUGUUGAGAACGGAAAAGCUCAGGCUGCUAAUUUUCCAUUUUGUACAAUUGAACCGAAUGUUGGAAUUGUUGCUGUUCCCGAUUCACGACUCCAAGUGCUCUCUAAUCUCAGCAAGUCUCAAAAAUCAGUUCCAGCAUCUAUAGAAUUUGUAGAUAUUGCUGGAUUGGUGAAGGGAGCCAGUCAAGGAGAGGGUUUGGGUAAUAAAUUUUUAUCCCACAUACGUGAAGUGGACUCCAUUCUUCAGGUUGUACGUUGUUUUGAGGACAAUGACAUUGUUCAUGUAAGUGGGCAAGUUGAUCCCAAGUCAGACAUUGAUGUCAUCAACUUAGAGCUAGCAUUCUCAGAUUUAGAUCAGAUUGAAAAAAGAAUAGAGAAACUGAAAAAGAGCAAAUCUAAUAAUUCACAAGUGAAAGCAAAAGAGGAGGCAGAAAAGUCAGCCCUGGAAAGAAUACAGGAAGCCCUGUUGGGUGGUAAACCAGGAAGAUCAGUGAGCUUAACAGAGUUUGAAAAAGAGUCUAUAAAUCAUCUUUGUUUACUUACCAUGAAGCCUGUGAUUUAUGUGGCAAAUGUUGCAGAGUCUGAUUUAGCUUCACCUGAAAAUAAUCCUCAUGUCAAAAAUGUCAUGGAACUUGCUUCUGAGUUACAGUCUGGAAUAGUCACUGUCUCCGCUCAGGUGGAAUCAGAGCUAACAGAACUCCCAUCAGAAGAAAGAAUAGAGUUUUUGACAUCUCUUGGUGUAGAUGAGAGUGGGCUUGGAAAUCUUAUCAGGGCCACAUAUAAUCUUCUUGGCUUACGUACAUAUUUCACCUCUGGAGAGAAGGAAACAAAAGCAUGGACCAUUCAUGCAGGAAUGACUGCACCACAGGCUGCAGGUGUUAUCCACUCUGACUUUGAGAAAGGUUUCAUUCGAGCAGAAACAGUGGCUUAUGAUGAUUUUGUUGCUGCUGGAUCAUUAUCAGCUGCAAGAGAAAAAGGACUUUUGAGGUCUGAGGGAAAAGACUAUGUUGUACAAGAGGGUGAUGUAAUGCUGUUCCGCUUUAAUGUCUGAUGAUGGAUGAUGGAUGUCAAGUCAAGUCAAGUCAAACACUCAACUUGUUCAGCAUACAAUUUUGUUCAAGUAUUUAAUACACUUCAUUCAUUCAUUAUCAGAUUACAAAGUAUUACAAAGUAUAAAGAAGGAACGCCAUCAAUUAGCAUGAUGUUGGAGUAAAUAUUCUUGAUAUAAAAAAUUAUGCUGCAAAUACUCACA